CUUUCUCCCGUGGACCCGUGGUGAACUCGUGGAACUGCCGCGAACGCGUGAUCGAGGGAAGUAAAAAAGCGGGGAAAAACCGAGGAGGAAGAGCGAGUUUGAACAAACACGGGAAAAACAGGGGGAAAAGAUUGGGGAAAAAUUGGAAAGGAAAUAAGAACGGAACAGGUGGGAAAGUGAGAAACCGUUCACCGGAAGUGCAGCCUGCUACCCCCGGCUUCAAGGUCAUGGAAUGACGCAUAAGAUCAUUCCGAGCGACGAGCAGGAGCAAAGCCGAGGGUGACAGAAGCGGUGUGAUGAGCGGAUAUCUCGGUAACAUCCCCCUGCCCCCAACGUUGUUGCACGACCCGAAGUAUCCUCCAGCCAUGCGGGAGAAAGACUCGAGUCCAAGAAAAAUGCCGGGCCACAUCAGCCCUAAGCAAGCCAGCAUCUAUCCUCUGAGCGUUCGCGUGCCGGACGUGGAAGAACUGCCAUACGAUUUGAGCCACGGCCACGGCCGCGGCCUCUCGAGUCCCACGAAUCAGCAGCAGCACCGGCAACAGCCUCAUAUGAGUCCAGCUGCCAGGCCGCCUCAGUCUCACCACCAGGAGGAUCUCGACUGCGAACCACUGGACCUUCGCGUCGACCACAAGAAGGAAAGACUCACGGACGAGAAUCAGAACGAGAUAGAGGUUCUGAAUCAGAACAGCCUCGGCGGGAGUCUUCCCUAUCACACGGUACUGUUUCCUCAGCAUCAUGCCGUUCAUCCCUUGGUCCUCGAAGCCAUGUACCGGUCACACCAUCACGGCUCCUCGGUUCCGGAUCUGCCCAAGAUCCAAGUCCGGGCGUUGCCCACCAUGGUCCCAUUGCCGCCCAACAGAUUCUCAUCCACCACUUCCUCCACGUCGUCCUCUUCGUCCCAGGCUGCCGCCAGAGUCCCGAGUCCCUCCGGUGGCCAGCAGCAUCAGCCACCGCAACAGAGUCAUUCGAGUCAACAGCAACAGCAGCAGCAACAGGCCUCCAAUCUUCCACCCUACUCCAUCAGCGUUCAAGCCGGUCUAAAGCCCAAGGACAGAUACUCGUGCAAGUUCUGCGGUAAAGUGUUCCCUAGAUCGGCCAACCUGACGCGGCACCUGAGGACGCACACCGGCGAACAGCCGUACAAGUGCAAGUACUGCGAGAGGAGCUUCAGCAUCUCCAGCAAUCUUCAGCGUCACGUGAGGAAUAUCCACAAUAAGGAGAAACCGUUCAAGUGUCCCCUGUGCGAGCGAUGUUUCGGUCAGCAGACCAACCUCGACAGACACUUGAAGAAGCACGACGCCGAUGGACCAACGAUACUGGACGAGGUUAGAUCGAGGUACCACGGACAGCUGCCGAGAGCGGACGAGUCUUACUUCGAGGAGAUUCGCAGCUUCAUGGGCAAGAUCACUUCGCAGAGACAAGGGAUACCUUAUUUCCCGGGGCUGCUGGGCCACGGCGGGGACGACUUCAGGAACGACAAGCAACAGCUUCAGCUGGAGGAGAAGAGAGGCGACUCUUCCUACUUCAGCGACAGGGAUAAUCUGAGCUCGAGGUCGAGCAGCACUGCCAGCAGACCCGAGAGCGUGCAAGAGGAGCAACGGGAAGUCAAUUCUCCUCCGUUGUCUCCUGGCAAUAACACUUGAGUCGAGGAACCGGAUCGUACGUCCGACGAGUCCUUGUCGGGUACGAUUAAUUAGAGAUCGAAGCAUCAAUCGAAUAGGUUCCGUCGAAUUCGAAUAUCUGCAAACGGCGUCGGCUUCUCCCCGAGGAACCGAACUUUUACUCGCGAAUAUUUCCACUAUUUUUACACGCCGGAUACCUUCGGUUAAUCUCACCUUUUCGCGCAAUUUUCACGUUUCGCAACUCGAAAUUACCACGCGCGCUUCUAGACGCCGAUCUAGGACGAAGAAACGCCUUGCUCCACGUGCCUACAACGUUCUCCGAGACACUCGUAGCGCGAUGCCUUGCGACUAGAGGACUAGACGACAAAAUUCGCUACGAGCACCGCGAUAUUUUAGGUACGAAACGGUAUGAAAUUUUAGGUAUCAUCCUAACGAGACACCCGAUGCACGCGGAACUAUCCGUUCGUAAAUUAAUCGGCGAAGGAACGACAAGGGAGGAACUUGGUGCAAUCGGAGACAGACUUUCGCGCGAUCUUACUCAGCACGAUCUCGAUUCCUUCUCGUACUUCGAGGAUUAAUUCGUCGAACGUAACAAGAGACGACGCGAGAGAUCCGUAACGCGGGUCGACGAACGACCAGAGCGAGCGUCUCCCAUCGCAUUCGUUCUUCCUCGUCCAACCGUAUGCAAAAUUACCUUAUUUAUUUCGUUUGCAACGAACGACGAACGAAAUCGGCAGGGUGGGGCAAAGAGCGAAGAAACGCGGGCUAACUUGGUUCCGGCUGGAAAGAAUGGCAAGCAAACGCCUCGCGAUUUUACGACCUAGAAAGUGAAUUUCAACGACUCCACCGCCCCGAUCCUAAUCCGCG